CACUUGCAAACCACCCGAAUUCUCUUCUCCUGACAACAUGUGUUGCAACUACGGGAACUCCUGUGGCUAUGGCUGCGGAUGCGGCUAUGGCUAUGGAUGUGGCCCCUAUUCUGGGUGUGGUUAUAGAACUGGCUAUGGCUGUGGCUAUGGCUCAGGUUAUGGCUGUGGCUGUGGCUAUGGCUCAGGCUAUGGCUGUGGCUGUGGCUAUGGCUCAGGCUAUGGGUGUGGCUGUGGCUAUGGCUCAGGCUAUGGCUGUGGCUGUGGCUAUGGCUCAGGCUAUGGCUGUGGCUGUGGCUAUGGCUAUGGCUCAGGAUGGGGCUGUGGAAAAGGCUCCAGCUGUGGGUGUGGAUAUGGCUCUGGCUGCUGGGGCUACCGGCCCCUUUGCUACAGAAGAUGUUAUUCUUCUUGCUGCUAGACCAAUGCUGCUCCAAGCACCAUUUGCUUCUGAAAUGUCACAUCUAAAGUGACAAUUGAUUCAGGGAUCCAAACCCCACGAUUUCUACCUCCGGGAAACUGCAUGCUUGACAGAGGUUUUGAUCUUCAGUAAACAUUUUUGUGCCUGGAUGCUAUGUAGCAUCAUCUGAGUGUUUCCCCAAUGUUAGUCUUUAUUCUCUUAUCUGGAUUCUGUGUUGUGACAAUGCCAGAGAUCCUAAUGUCCCACAAUUGGCAAAAUUGUUGUUCUCAAUAAAAAUGGUUCUUUGCUUCUAACAAA